AUGAUGGAGUCUGUAACGACGAACUCCAGUUUCGAACAGCUCUAUCCAUCUUUCUCGCGCUCAGCUGGCAAUUCGCAUGGAUUUGCUCAAGGGUAUACUGCGAUAUCGGGUGAGACCGCUGGAAACUAUACCCUCGAUUCGUCACAAUUCACACAUUCGCAGCCUCAGAUGGCUUCACCGACGAAGGGUCUAACAAAUCCAGGCCUUACAAUUGCCCACCAGACGACCAUCACAUACCCGGGAGGAAACCAAAGUCUGUUUUGUGAGCCGUUGUUCGACCAUACCGACUAUUAUCUCGCAACCUCCGGUGUGAGGCCGAUGCAGCAAAAUGCACGUAUUGGCUCUCGCGAAGGAACGGAUCUCCAGAACACCCACAUAAUCAUACCCCAAGAACAGCUAUUAGGAACUGCAGAGACCAUUAUCUCCAAUUUCGAUACCUCUGCUCCAAGCGAUCUAGUCAUCCCAGAACAAGUCACUGAGGAUAUACCUACGACUUCUCUACGAGUACACCCCAACUACAGGAACCAUUUCAACAACCUUGCACUUUCGAGUAGCAUUAGAACGAAUGGAUAUCCUCGUUACAUCCAAGACGCCCAAAUCAGAAAUAUCUUUGUACCCAAUUGGGCCGUCACUUCACUUAACACAGAGCCAGACCCGGGUGGUCUUGACGACGCGUUCGGCGACAUUUUCAAGAAAGCUAAAGGUCUUCUCCAGGAAGGCGAACCCGUUCACCGCAUUGUGGGACAUCAUCCGAAUAUUGCGGCGCUGUAUGAUCAAGAGCAGUUUGACAAGUCGUGUCUUUUAUCUCAAUGGGCGGCGCGUAUGGUGCAUAGUGUGAAACGUCAAGGAUAUGACUUCACCUGUUUUGCAUCCAUGAACGUCUUUUGGUACGUGAUGCGGUGGAUGAUCUAUCCUUCUCCAGAUACAUAUGCUGCCAUGCCGGAAUGGAUUAGACCAACAUCAAAUCAACUCUUCACACCUCAUAUUAGCAUGGCCGACUUCGUCCUCUGGCCUGCUUUUCGCGACCUUGUGGUGCAGCUUCCGCAAUUACAAGAACGCAUGGCGUGGCUUGCGGACAUGUCCACUUUCAUCGGAUGCGAGUGGCCAUAUGAGCUUGAGCACGCGCUGCGUAGAGAUCCGGUGUCUGGGAACGUAGAUCUUGCUGAUCUAGCCAAGGUUGUUGGUCUGUAG